AUGGAUUGCUUUAAGUGUAAAAAAAAUGUUACUGAAAGGGAUGUUAUUAAAUGUACGGGAUGUAAUAUGUACAUGCAUUAUCAAUGUGCUGAUUUAUCUGAAACUGAAUUCAAAAAAAUCCUCCCUAUGAAUAAAAUCAAAUGGAAAUGCCCACCCUGUAAAAAUAAGAGGCUCGCUGGUACGUUAGGAGGGACAGUGUCACCUAAGUUUAAAGAUUGCGCUACUACGUCUAUUUUAAACGUCGACACCGACGCCUUGACGGAAUAUAUGGAUGCGAAACUUGACAGUCUGCGCCAGCAGUGGCAGGAGGACUUAAACUCAGCCAUUCAAAAAGUAUCUAAAACUUUUGCGCAAGAUAUUAAUAGGCUAGAAAAACGUGUUGAUUCAUGGGAGGAGCGCAUAAAGGAACUCGAGCAAAACUUUACGGCAUCGCAUAGUCCUGACGUCACCCUGAUGCAGGAAAACAACGAGCUUCGCGCAGAUUUGGAGAAUUUACGUGCCAAGUUUGAUGACCUCGACCAAGCCUCUCGCAGUUGCAACGUGGAAUUACAAAACAUUCCUGAUAAAAAGGCUGAAAACCUGAUUCAUUUAUCUAUAGAGGUUGGUAAGCUAAUUGGCGUCGAUAUCAAGGCAAGCGAUAUUAGAUCUGUUCAUCGCGUGGCUCCAAAGGCAUUAUUCUCACAUUACAAUAUUACUGGUGACUUUAAUUUACCCUACCUGGAAUGGUCAUCUGAUGGUCCAUCCUUGAGACCUGUUAAUGCAGUUACUGAUACAGCUAAAUUAUUGUCUCAUAUUAUGGCCUUUAUGAAUUUGAAACAAAUAAAUACAUUAAAAAACGAAAACAGUAGAAUUCUUGAUCUUGUUUUAUGCAACUCACCUGAUUGUUCAGUUAAUAUCUCUGAUGAUCCACUCUUAAAAGCCGUUCCUCACCAUCCUCCGCUGGACAUUUUUUAUGAAACAACUCAAUCCAAGUAUAUACCCACCAACCAGAAAACAAAACGAAACUUUUACACAGCAAACUAUGACCAAAUUAAUACUGCUAUAUCAGAGACUGAUUGGGUUUCUGAACUCAGUUCUUCUUGUAUAGACACUGUAGUUGACAAAUUUUAUAACAAAAUUAUGCAUGUUAUUGAAUCUUAUGUACCACUUAUCAAAGUUAAAACCAAUAGAUUCCCUAAGUGGUUCUCUAAUAGCUUAAUUUAUACACUUAGGCGUAAAUCUAAAAUGUGGGCACGAUGGAAAACGUACAAUUCGUUACGUGACUAUCAAGAGUUCUCCCUAUUAAGAAAACAGUGCAAACUUCCAACUGUGUGA